UUACACAGGCCCGUGCAGCGCGUUCAGCGUCUCUGAAAUACGACGACGAGGAAGCCCAACGUAAUUUCUCUAGUGCAUUCCAUCGAACCAUCGUGAACUGAACGCCUGCCAAUGGCUUUUGCGUCCCGAGCGCUACCGCAGCGCUGGAAUAGCCUGCGCUGCGCUUACACACAGCAGCGCAGAACAACGUACAGCAAGUACGGCGGCCGUUUCUUCGUCACUAUGCUCCCAGGCCACGGCAUCGGACCCGAAAUGAUGAAUCACGUCGAAGCCGUUUUCGCCGCGGCGAAAGUUCCCGUGGACUUCGAGAAGAUAUACAUCAACCCCAAGGCAGCCGAUCCGGUCAACAUGGCGCACGCAAUUUCUUCCAUCCGGCGGAACGGAGUUGGUCUUAAGGGCAACAUCGAGACCCCAUUUGACAGACCCGACCUCGAACCCAGAAACCUGAUCCUUAGGAACGAGUUAGACCUCUACGUCAACGUCGUGCACUGUCGAAGCCAACCUGGGGUGCAGACGCGCCACAAAAACAUCGAUGUCGUUAUCAUCCGACAGAAUACGGAAGGAGAGUACAGUUGCUUGGAACACGCUGUUCAUGUCGAAAAGGGCGAGAUGGUCGAGUGCUUGAAAGUCAUAACGAGAAAGCGCUCCGAACAGAUCGCACAUUAUGCCUUCCACUACGCCACAACCCACAAGAAAAGAAAGUUAACGGUGAUUCACAAAGCUAACAUCAUGAAGCUCUCGGACGGCCUGUUCCUGCAAUGUUGUCGAGAGAUAUCGAAGGCAUAUCCAACAAUCGAGCUUGAGGAUAUGAUAAUCGAUAACUGUUGCAUGCAAAUAGUGUCGGAUCCAAAUCAGUUCGACGUCCUCCUUGUACCUAACCUCUACGGGAACAUCGUCGUCAAUGUCUUUUGCGGUCUGGUCGGUGGUCCCGGUAUCACGUCCGGAAGGAACUACGGUAACGAGUACGCCGUUUUUGAAACUGCAACUCGAAACACUGGAACCCGACUCGCUGGAAAGAACGCCGCGAACCCGGUGGCGACCCUGUUCGCAUCCGUCGAUAUGCUCAAGCACCUGGGUCUGCGGGAUCAUGCGUUCAAGAUCAAGACGGCUGUCGAAGGGGCUCUGGCCGAAAAGAAACUCCAUACGCAGGAUCUUGGAGGAAUGGCCAAGACAACGGAUGUUGUUCAGCGUAUUAUCCAGGAACUGGAGAAGGACACUCGAUGAACUGUUGUGAUGUGCUGUGGCAGAAAUAAAGUGCAGUGUCGCGUCCUGUCA